AUGGAUACCAAGGACUGUUCAGCAACUAUUUCUUCUUCACCACCGGGCCAAAGCUGCUCUAGGAUUACAAAUUUUAGGAUCAUCUCUUCUAACACCAGCUGCCGGUGUGGUGGUCUUGAAGCCAACAGCUGCCAACCAACUGGCCAUGCUCUGAGACCUCUCUGGUCCCAGCGCUGCCAACACACUCCUUGCUUUUGUCCUAUGCCCACCUGCUUAAUAAACAACUUCAACGCCGGUCCCCCUGUAGGAGAUUGUGGCUGGUGUGGUGAAGGCAUCAACAGCAAUGAGAAAGAGACCAUGCAAAUCUUGAACGACCGCCUUGCUAACUACCUAGAAAGGGUGCAGACGCUGGAACGAGAGAACGCGGCCCUGGAGUGUAGGAUCCAGGAAGAGUGUAACAAAGAGGUCCCUGUCGUAUGUCCUGACUACCUGUCCUACUACACGACCGUUGAAGAGCUCCAGAAGAAGAUCUUGUGUACCAAGGCUGAGAAUUCCAGACUGGUCUCACAAAUUGACAACACCAAACUGGCUGCUGAUGACUUGAGAGCCAAGUAUGAAGCCGAGGUGUCCCUGCGCCAGCUAGUGGAGGCAGAUGCCAACGGCCUACAGCAGAUCCUGGAUGCUCUGACCCUGGGCCAAGCUGACCGGCAGGCGCGAGUCCAGUCCCUGAAGGAGGAGCUCCUUUGCCUCAAAAGCAACCAUGAAGAGGAAGUCAAUUCCUUGCAGAGCCAGCUUGGGGACAGACUCAACAUUGAAGUGACCGCUGCCCCUUCUGUCGACCUAAAUCGGGUUCUACAAGAAAUGAGAUGUCACUAUGAGUCUAUCAUGGAGACAAACCGCAGAGAUGUGGAGCAAUGGUUCAACACGCAGAUGGAGGAGCUGAGCCAGCAGGUGGUGACCGGCUCUCAACAGCAGCAGUGUUGCCAGAAGGAGAUCAUCGAGCUGAGACGAACCGCGAAUGCUCUGGAGGUGGAACGACAGGCCCAGCUCCGAAUGAGACACUCCCAGGAGUGCUUCCUGGCGGAGACGGAGGCGCGCUACACAGCCCUGCUGGCCCAGAUCCAGGGCCUGAUCGAUCACCUGGAGGCUCAGCUGGCGGACAUCCGAUGUGCCCUGGAAAGGCAGAAGCAAGAAUACGAGAUUCUGCUGGACGUCAAGUCCCGGCUGGAGUGCGAGAUCGCCACAUACCGCAGCCUUCUGGAGAGCUCAGACAGCACGCUUCCCUGUAACCCAUGUGCCACCAAGUGUGAGCCUUCCCUUUGCACAAUCGGUGCGGCCAGGGCCAUGGAAUGCACAGCCCCCGUUUACACAGCAUCCCCAGCCCGCGGUGGGAUGCCCGAGCCCUGCUGCACCUGCAGAGUCCUGCCCCGGCUGCUGGUGAAAAUCUGCACCAUCACCCAGGAAAUCCAGGAUGGGAAGGUCAUCUCUUCUCACGAGCACGUGCAACCUUGUUUCAUCUUCAGAGCUGCCCGAGCCUAG